UUGAGUAUUUAAGUAUUUGCGUUUUUGUUUUGAUUUGAUUUUUUUUCAUAUGUAAAGUAUCUAUUAGAAAAUAUCAAGUGACUCUGGGUAUCACAGCUUUGCUUCGGCUUCUAAAGAUAUAUACUCACAGAAAAAGAAUUCCUUAUUUCUGUCGUAAUGAAGUCUAGAUGAUGAAACAGUACAGUUUCUAAAAAGAAAGAAGAUGGUAUCCGAAGAAAAUCAUUUUGAACGUGGAAAACUUUUAGGAGAAGGGGCAUUCGGCAAAGUAUUCUUAUGCCAUGACAAGGAAGAACAAGAUAAAAAGUAUGCCAUGAAAGUAAUAGACCUAAAAGAACUAUUAUGGGAAGAACGUAAUUUAGCAGAAAAAGAGGCCAAUUUGUUGACAACUCUACAGCACCAGUAUAUUCUGCAUGCUGUGACGACAUUCCAAGAAAAAGAGACACUGUGCAUAGUGACAGAGUUCUGUGAUCAUGGAGAUUUAGAACAGUUUCUAAAGUCGAGAAAAGGAAAAUCCCUAGAAGAACACCGAAUUGUGGAAUGGUUUCGACAGAUAUGCAGUGCUUUGGAGUAUUUGCAUGGAAGAAAUGUCCUACAUCGGGAUAUAAAGACUCAGAAUAUAUUCUUGACCGGAACAGAAAUGACAGCAAAGCUGGGAGAUCUUGGUCUGGCAAAAGUGUUAGAAAGUUCCUUUCAGAAAGCUCUUACUUUUUGUGGUAGUCCAUACUACAUGAGUCCUGAAAUCCUUGCUUGCAAAGCAUACGACUCUAAGAGUGACAUUUGGGCGCUGGGAGUAUGCGUGUAUGAAAUGACUACAUUAAAACGACCGUUUAACGCCCAUAGAAUGCAGCAACUUGUAUUUGAAAUUGUCCAUGGUCAGAUGCCCCCAAUGCCAAACGAUGAAUACAGUUCACAGCUAAUCGAGAUCAUAGAGAGAAUGAUAUGUCGGAAUCCAGACGAAAGGCCCUCGGCAACGGAGCUGCUGCAAGAUGUUGUCUUUAAGAAUCAAAGAGCUCUAAAAAAGUCCCAAGGACGAGAUGCUCUUAGCUUCAACAAUCCAAUGGAUUUCCCCAAAGAAAAAAUUCACAAUGAAAUGACACCUGAUGUAGAAAACCAAGCUGAAUGUGGUCAAUGUUUGACAUCGGCUGAUGAUGAUGCAGAUAAGACAUUGAGGAAAGUAGUGAUUGAAGAAGGGGGCGUAGUGUACUAUAAUUACAGUGUUCUUUCUCCUGAACUCGGUGCUUCUAGAACUGUAACCAGCUAUUCACAGACAGAAUAUUCUGAGGGUAGUACCUCAAAUUCUAAAUCCUCUGACGAUGGUGCUUCAGAUAUCGAGAAUAAAGAGUAUCUAAAUGAUGCAAAACAAACUUUGGAUGUUGAUCCUCAAGCUGAUGUUCAACAAUUACCCAAGCCUCUUAAGCUUAUCAAGGACUUACGUGAUCGAGCACUAAUGUUUCUGAAAUCAAAGAGAUCUGAUAGUGAUAAUGACACACGCACAAAAAUCCAAGAUUCUGCAAGAAUGGACCAACCGGAUGCAUUAGAGAAAAUAAAAAGAGAGAGCAAACCUAUGACUAACGAAUCUCUUGCCGAAGAUUUAUCUAAGGAAAUUCACAACUUUAUUUAUUUUUGGGAAUUUGAUUCCGUCUUCAGUCAAUGGUUCCCAUGUACAUUCGUAGUUGAUGGAAUAACUUACAAUUCUGCAAUGCAAUAUAUGAUGCACCAGAAAGCAGUAUUAAUGGGUGAUAAGAUGAGAGCGGAAAUCAUCAUGGCAUUACACGAACCUCAAGAAAUUAAGCAACAAGGAAGAUGUGUCCAGAACUUUAACCAAGAACUAUGGUAUGGCGUACGUCAAGAGAUUGUUGAAACUGGAAAUAUGGCAAAGUUUUCACAAAACGAAGAAUUGAAGAAUCAUUUAUUCAGCACUUUUCCAAAAAUACUCGUGGAAGCUAGUCCAAUGGACAGAAUUUGGGGCAUAGGAUUAUCAAAAGAUGACAAAAGGGCACUGAAAAAAGAGACAUGGAGGGGUCAAAAUCUGCUUGGAUAUAUUUUAACGAGACUAAGGGACAAAUGGAUGGAGUCAUUUCUUGAGCCUGUGGUAUCAGUAAAAGCGGUUUAAAAAGAUUCCGAAUAAUAGUAUACCGGUACGACUUUGACAGUGGGAAGAUGGUAGAUACAGUUAAUAUUAUAAAAUGAACAUUUUUGUUGUUGUAUCUAUACAGUUUUUAUCAUUACAACAUCUUAAGCUGCAAUAUCCCUGCUAUUACUUUUGCCAUAUAUUUUUUUUUUAAAAUCAUAUUGAAUUUCAUCACAUCAAUAUCAAUCGAUUAAUAUGAAACAAAGUUGAAGUAAUGAAGCGCUGCUAGAUUUUUCAAAGAUUGAUAAAGUGUCUAAUCACGAUAUGAAGAAAACUAGACAUAGUGAUAAAAAAAAUGCCAAAUUUUACCAUCGCAGCAUAAAAUUAAAAAAAUAAAAUGUAUAUGAAAAUAAUAUAAUGUUAUAUACAUUUUCAAGUCAUAUUACAAAACAUAUUAAAGCAUUGUAUAGCACUUUAUUGUAUAGGUUUGCAACAAAAAUUGCUUCAAUCAGCAAGAGUUAUCUUUCUUCACCAUAGGCUUUUGAAGGUUUUACAUACAUGUUAUACAUACAGUGCAUGAUAAAUUGCCACAGUUUCUAGAUUUUCAGAAAAGGUUUUCUGUAUAUAAAUUUAGAUAAGAUAUUAGAAAAUGGAUCCAUAUACAUGUAUUUGAGAAAUCCUAAAACUGAGCAUUUUGUUAUAAUACAAAAAGAAGUGAAUAAUCUUCCAGUAAUUGGUAUGAUAUAAAUAUAGGGGUAUAUUGUCUUGAAUCAAAUGUGAUAUUGGUUUUUUAUUUUGUUUAUUUUUUAAUAUCUGUUCCCUCAGAAUAGAAGAGCCUUAUUCAAUUUUACAUUUGAAAUGUUAUAAGUUUCAAACGAUGAUAACUAAGUCUAGAGAUUGUAGUUGUCUUGGUCACAUUUUCCCCAAUUAUAAUUCAUUCAGCUCUGUGAACGAGCUAUAAAUAGAGAAAUAAAAAUAUUCAUCCAAAUAUUCUCUGGCCUAAAACAUCUGAACUAAUACAUAAAAUUUAGUAAUAUUUAAAAAGAAACGAAUUAAUCCAACGGGGAGGGGGAAGAGAGGGGGGAAUAAUGGUAUAGAUAUUGCCUCAUGAAUAUUUUAUCAUUAUGAUACGUUUCUUGUAAUAUUUUGUAAAAGUUUUCCUUACAUUUUUAGCCCCUGCUUUAAAAGAACCCCGUGGUUCAGUUCUUUCCGUUCAAAUUUUCUUUUUCUAUAUUUGAAUUUAAAUAAGUGUUUCGCCUUCCAACAUAAAUUGGGACCCAGCACCACCUCCCUUGUUGUUACAUGUCUUAAUAAUUGUGAGUUAACAGAAACAGUGAUAAAAUUUUCUACAGAAGUUAUCUCUCUUAUCAGAGGGACAUUCAACCUUAAUUAAUUUAUUAGAAAUCAUACUGUUACAGUAUAGGUUAGUGAUGUAUUCUAAUAGACAAUUCUAAUUGCAUUUACUUGUACAUGUAGCAUCAUUACUUGUCUCAAUAUUUUUUCAGGUUUUGAUACAUUGGAUACAAAAUUGGCUUAAAAGAUUUCAACAUGAUUUUUAAAUAUGAUAUUAAAAUUCAUACAUGUUAUUAGUUACUAUAAACGUAUCUUAAAAAUAAUUGUUGUGAAGAAAGCAUAUAUUAAUUUAUAUCUGAAUAUAUCUCUUGCAAAAACUUUCACUCUUUCAAAACUAAACAUAAUUAAGAAAGAUUCUAAAAAAUAAACAUUUAAGUUUCUUGCUAGCAUAAAGAAGAAAACAGGCGUAGAACUGUUUCAUUUUAUAUCAUGUUCAAUGUAACCAUUACAUUUGCUCAGGGUAACGGAAUGCAAUCUGUAAUUUGUAAUCACAAAAUUAUAUUUGUUUCUAACUAUGCGAUACUUAUAACAAAAUUCAUUUGAAAUAGCCGCUAAAUUUCGUUUACGUUGAUAUACUUAUACACUAACCUUUUGUAUACGACUGUUGAUCAAUAAAUAUGUCACGUUUAAUUUCUCUUAACAUAUUAUUUUUACAAUUCUGUUAAUUUAACUCCUUAGAGAUUGCUCCUUGUAGAUAAUAUAUUGUAUUAGAAUAGAAUGUAUAUAUUAAACGAUGCCACAAUCGGCCUAUAUCACACGCACAAAUUGCCAAGUAAAGUUGAUGUGAAGACAUUUGAUUAACUCUCCGACGCACUUUGUAAUUUUACUGAUUCACCCCUGCGAAUGAUAUUGUCAUUUAAAUUUUAGACCACGUGGUUUUAUUUGACCUUUUCAGUUUCGCAGUUAAAACCGUGCCUCGUGUUUAUUGUCUAUUUCAUAGAAUCUAGGUACUUGUAAUCAAUAUAAAACCUAGAGGUUUAUUGAUUUUAUCUUCAUUAAUAUGUGGAUAAAAUGUGUUCUAGAAAUAAAUGUGACAAUACAAAAAAUAGUUUUUUUCUGCUGUUGCAACAAUAAACAUGAUUGGAAGAGAUCCCCCUUAGGUUUUUUUUUUUCGAUCCGCGCCUGACCUAGUAAUAGCAUCAAUAGUGAAAUAGACUGUACUAUUUUAUGCAGAAUGAACCUUGAAAAUGGCUCGAUAAACUAAGUUUUUAUGCAAAACAGACACACAUUAUUUUUUUAAAAACAUGGUAUUGCACACAACAAGCAUCAAACAUGGCUAUGAUUUUAUUUAGCAACCCAAUGUUUAUAUUUUUAACCACUCUACACGUGGUUGAACACGAACGAGAUAACUCUGUUCUGAAUAUCAUCGUAUAAUUUAAAUAACCGCUAGGUAGUGAAAUAAAACAUACAUCUUAGACGAUUUUCAUGUUUUAACAUAACUCGAAGCAGGAUAUGAUAUGAAAAAGGACCAGUACUUACGUAUUUUGAUAAUAUUAUCCGAGCACAUAUACUUCCGCUCGAAAUUUCACAGGAACUGAACAAUUCUCGGUGAAGUCUCGUGAACUUUCAUUCGAGCACCUCUGGAUUUAUUAUAUUCUUAGCAACGAUAAAGAAAACAUUCCGGACACAUUCGCAGGGGUGUGAUUAACGACAUCAAGGUUUUUUUCCAGUGGUUUCUUUUUUCCCAUUUUUUAGUUGUUCGUUUCGUUGUUGUCAGGAAUUCAAAGGUGAUCGUUAACCUCAUAUUGCACAUAACAAGAAUGCUUUACUUUUAUGAAAGGGUGUAAUAACUAAGUUACUGUGUGCAACAAUUUGCAUAAUGCCAAAAUCAGUGAUAUGCCGCCCUUGAUAGAUACAUACUUGAUAAUAAUAAAAUGGGUGGAAACAAU